UUGUCAUCCCUGCACUCAACGUAAUGUCCACUUUUCCAUAUACCUGCUGUUGACGGAUCCAUUUCUCUCUGUCUUCUUUAUCCAUUACCGUUUCAGCACUGUGAAUCUGGAGAUGCUAAGCUCAGCUCUUCUACUCUCUUUGUCUCUCUUUCAACCCUUGAAUUUCAGCUCAAUGACACUCCAGGGGUACUAAGUGUGUAUUAGGAGACUUGGUUCUUGAUUAGUGAAUCCACUGGAUUGAGUAAAAUCAAUGGGAGGUGAAACAGUGAAUGGUUCGUCAUGGCUCAGUGCUUUGUGGCCGGUCUCACGGAAGGGUGCAUCAGAUAAUAAGGCAGUGGUGGUUGGGGUUUUGGGGUCCGAAGUUGCGGGCUUGAUGUUGAAGGUUGUUAAUUUGUGGCAAUCUUUGAGUGAUGAGGAGGUAUUGAGUCUGAGGGAAGGGAUAGUGAACUCAGCUGGGGUCAGAAAGCUGGUUUCUGAAGAUGAUGACUACUUGAUGGAACUUGUAUUGAAUGAGGUACUUGAUAACUUCCAAUCUGUUGCGCGAACUGUGGCCAGGUUGGGUAGGAGGUGUGUGGAUCCAGUUUAUCAUCGUUUUGAACAUUUCGUUCGCAGCCCGGCUCAGAAUUACUUUCAGUGGUCUGGGUGGGAUUACAGAGGGAAGAAGAUGGAGAGGAAAGUGAAGAGGAUGGAAAAAUUUGUUGCUGCUAUGACACAGCUAUGCCAAGAGCUUGAGGUGCUAGCAGAGGUUGAGCAGACUCUCAGGAGAAUGCAGGCAAAUCCUGUAUUGCAUCGGGGGAAAUUGCCUGAGUUUCAGAAGAAAGUCACGUUGCAGCGCCAAGAAGUUAGAAAUCUAAGAGACAUGUCUCCGUGGAAUAGAAGUUAUGAUUAUGUUGUCCGGUUGUUGGUGAGAUCACUAUUUACAAUACUGGAGAGGAUCAUACUUGUCUUUGGAAAUAACCACCUAGCAACAAAACAGAAUGAAAAUGAAUCUCCAAAUACGACUGCUAAUAAUCUUCUGCGCAGUCAAUCGUUUUCUGUUUUUAUGCAUUCCUCUGUUCAUCCUUCAGAGAAUGAUCUCUAUGGAUUCCAUUCAGGACAUCUGGGGAGGAGAUUAGCAUCAAACUCAGGCAUUUUAGUUGACAAGAAACAAAGAAAGAAAAAACAGCAGCAGGCUCUACAUCCACCGGCUUUGUGUCGGGAUCGCCUAAAUUCUGAGAGCAAGCAAUUUGGACCUAUUGGGCCGUUCAAAAGUUGCAUGUCUGUUGCAAACAAUUCUCCUGUCAUCGACAGUUUUGUGCAGACGAAUGGUGGUUCUAUGAGGUUAACUGAUUCUCAUAUGGAAAAUGUUGACAAAAUGAAAAGAGUGGAGAAAUCAUCUCUCUCCAACAGAAUUAGGAUAUAUUCUAAAUUAUCCAUGAGCAACCGGUUAAAGCCGGCUUCAUUUACCCUUGGUGAUGCGGCUUUAACCCUGCAUUAUGCAAAUAUGAUUGUAUUGAUCGAGCAAAUGGUGUCUUCACCUCACCUGACUGAUCCUGAACCAAGAGAUGAUCUGUACAAGAUGCUUCCAGCUACUAUAAGAGCUGUUCUGAGGCAUAAGCUCAAGGGACGCAAGAAAAGUAAAUCUUCAUGGGUCUAUAAUGCAGAGAUUGCAGCAGAAUGGAGUGCGGUACUUGCACAGAUAUUGGAUUGGUUGGCUCCACUUGCACAUGACACUAUAAGGUGGCAUUCUGUAAGAAGUUUUGAGAAGGAGCAUGCAACUUUGAAAGCAAAUAUCUUGCUGGUCCAGACUCUUUACUUUGCAAAUCAAGUAAAAACUGAAGCUGCUAUAGUUGAUCUUCUUGUCGGUCUCAACUAUGUAUGUAGGAUUGAUACCAAGGUAGGAGUAAGAGAUAGAGUGGAGUGUGCUAGUGCUAGAUCAUUUCAUGGUGUUGGUUUGAGAAAAAAUGGAAUGUAUAGUGAAUAUUUUUAGUAGACUGACAUUACCAAUGUCAGGAGUGAAUGACAUUUUUUUAGUAGUCUAUGACUUUGCUAAAUAGUACUUAUAAAUGUUGUUGUUUUAAUUCUAUUCUUAGGUAACAUUUGCAUGAAUCAAUUUAGCUUAAGGUUUUCAAAGUAGAUAAUUUGUUGGAAA